GCUAUUAAUAAGACUAAAAGUCUGACCUGCCACGUAUGCUACACUGCAACUCUCCCUUUGAUCUCUUUCGCUGUCGUCGAGAUAUAUCGCCUCCCCGCUUUGCAUCCGAACUAUUCAUGCAACCCAUACGCGCACAGCGCUGUUGACUUCUUGAUCUAUAACUAAUAAGUCAUCCCAUUUUCUCGUUUUACUCCUUUCUGUUGUCCAACAUUAUGUCGUUACCUCAAGGAUCCCAACCCGUCCAGCCCUCCCGGAUACCCUACGAUCUUUAUUGCGAGAUCGUCAGGGUUCUGGGAGAGGCUGCAAACGCACGACGUGAGAACCCAUCCAGGAGUUGGAUCGAUCCGCAUCGUGCCAAGGGAAUACUGGUAAAUUUGGCACGUGUAUCAAAAAACAUGAAGGAGCUCGUGUACCCACACAUCUACCCUCAUAUCGAGCUCACAUCAUCACAAUCUCUCAACGGCCUCCUCUGGACGCUAACACAGAACCCGGAGAUAGCACAUCGCAUCAACUCUCUCGAUGUCUCUCAUGGACUUUCCUGGACUCACCAGCAUAGUUGGCCACAUCCACCAGUCAUCCAUCAGAUAAACGAUCGCGAGGAACUCGCCCAGCUGCCCCUUCCAGGCAUGCAAUCUGAUGUUAGAGUUCUGUGGAGGGGGGUGUGCAAGAAGGUACCCACACUUGCAAGGAGAUGGAGUUAUCACCCAGACGUGCGUAACGGUAUGCUACACUUGGUUCUUCUGCUCCUGAUGCUUCCGAAUCUUCGGGUUUUUCGAUCGCUGCCUUGGGAUCGUCGUGGCAAGGCCGAGUAUCUACUGAGCACGAUCAUUAUGAAUAUGACGAAGACGCACGCGAAGCGUUUCUUGGGCAGUCUUGAGUCGUUGGAGAUCGUAGACUUGAAAUGCCGUAAUAACGUUGGGUUUCUCCGGAAAAUGGUGCUUCUCCCAAGACUACAGACCCUCGACCUACCCAUUUCUGGGGGGAUGCGUGUCUUCGCGCUCGAUAUAACCCACGCAAGGGAACACUCUUUACCAUUACAGAAUGUGCGGAUUCAAUCGUCGGCCUUCUCUCGUUCCUCUCUGUUCAACCUCCUCCGAAGCAUCCAGCGGUUGGAAGUCCUGCAUUAUCCCAUAACGGACUAUAUCCGGCCCCCAGUGAACGGAGGGGAUGGUAUCAAACGGGCCCUCGAUAGGCACAGACAACAUCUAAAGGAGCUUAAUUUGGUCAUCGAUCACCAUUGUCCCAAUCGCCAAGAAUCCCUGUUUCUAAGGUGGCCUUUGCCGCUUUAUGGUCUCACCCCAUCUUGGUCGUUUGCAGCCUACUCUACCCUGAGGGCCCUGCACAUUCCCGAUGUCUGUCUAGGCUUCGGCAAUAGCGAGAGCCUUCGAAGAACAAAUCUGAGGACUUGUCUUCCAGCGUGCAUAGAGACCUUGGCAUUGAUGACUCGGGUUGCGGACAUUGACCGCACCGAUUAUAUCCGGCAGCUAUUGCAUAAAUGCUUGGCUUUUCAGCGUUUGGAACGCAUUACGUUGAUUCAAGUUCAGAGGGAUCUCCAUAGUGUGUCUCCCAAUCCCACAAUCUGCCACCCAGCGCCAAAGUGGCGUGUUGCAUUUGAAUAUGUCAGUUAUGCUUGA